UUUGGAAUUCAACAUAUGUAUUAAGAAAAUUUGUUAAAUGAUCAUUUUCUCAUGAGUUACGUACAUACACUCAAGAGCCAUGGAAACCUAAUUGUCAGUGAAUGAACAUGUAAAUAAAACAAAAUCAAAGAAAGAUCCAAAAAUAACACUGACUCGUAUGUCCCCCAUUCUUACUUGUCAACCGUCUCGCUUUAGCAUCUUCCAGGCAGCGUCACGAGCCGUUUCUCUGUUCUAUAUAAAAUUAUAAAUCUUAUCACGAGACAUAUUCUGCAUUAUUAGUAUUUAAAAAAUAAUAAUUUUUACUUGCUGAGGUGGUUUCAUUUUUAUUUACGUCUCCGUCACUCUUUCGCCCUAUCCACUAAAUACAGAUCCCAAAAACAAAAACACAUAGGUAAAAUAAGAAAAAAGAUUCGUCCCUUUGUUCCUAAGCGAUUAUCUGUAAAAUUUCCUUCGUUUUCUCGCAUUAUCUUUCUCACCAAAUGGUCCCUUAUAUUCCACUCUUUCUUUCUCUAACAUUCAAAGCUUCAUCUUCUGUUUAACUCCACCAUUAAUAUUACAUUCUCUCAUUUUCUCCGAGCAGACCACGAAAAACGAUGACUAACCUCUCACGUUCAAAGUCCACCGGAACUACCAUGUUUCCGGAUGCCAAAGCUGCCCGACCCGGUCCAGACAUAUAUGAGAAUAUCCACCACCACGACUACGACUACGAAGAAGAACAUAGCACUACAAGCACAGACUACUAUGACGUAUCCACGCCCUUGAGCUCACACGGCUCGAGAUCCGAACCCGGUUCGGGUCAAUACACGAUCCUCGACAUUUUUGCGGCGGUGCUGAAGAAGUCGCUUGUGAUGUCUUGUACUAUGGAGAGAGGUGAUGAUGAUGUGGCGGCGUCUAUGGAUAUAGGUUGGCCAACGGAGGUUAAGCACGUUAGUCACGUUACUUUCGACCGGUUUAGUGGUUUUCUCGGUCUUCCCUCUGAGCUCGAACCGGAGGUCCCUCCUCAAGCUCCUAGCGCCAGUGUGAGUGUCUUCGGAGUAUCAGCAAAGUCAAUGCAAUGCUCUCACGACAACAGGGGAAAUAGCGUCCCAACGAUCCUUCUCAGGAUGCAGAAACGUCUUUAUUCCGAAGGAGGUCUUAAAGCAGAAGGAAUAUUCCGAAUAAAUCCAGACAAUGGCAAAGAAGAGCAUGUCCGAAGGCAGCUGAACCGCGGUAUAAUACCACGUGGAAUCGAUGUUCAUUGCUUGGCGGGUUUAAUAAAGGCCUGGUUUAGGGAGCUACCAACAGGAGUGCUUGAUGUGUUGACACCAGAGCAAGUGAUGAAAUGUAACACAGAAGAAGAUUGUCAUAAGCUCGUGACUCUUCUUCCUCCGGUUGAAUCUGCGCUUCUUGAUUGGGCCAUUGGUUUAAUGGCUGACGUGGUGGAGUAUGAGCAGUUUAACAAAAUGAAUGCACGCAAUGUAGCUAUGGUUUUCGCUCCAAACAUGACCCAAAUGGCAGAUCCAUUAACCGCAUUAAUCCACGCGGUACAGGUGAUGAACUUUCUCAAGACUUUGAUCUUAAUGAACCUCAAAGAGAGGGAAAACGCAGAUGCCAAAGCAAGGUGGAUCGAGAAAAAAACAUCAGAUCCAUCAGAAGAAUGGGAAUCACAACACUCUAAGAUAUUAGCCCCUGAGAAACCCAACUAUAACCCUAAGUUUUUGAGAGUGGCUACUCUUUGUAGGCUAGAGGCUGACAAUGAAGAGAAGUUUUGGAACAUUGAGAAGAGAAACGAUCAUAAAGAAACAAUUGAAAAUACUGGAACUGUUCAGAGGCCGUCUAAGCAGCGAUUGUUUCAGUUAAGCAAAUCUACAAAGAAACCUCUUGUAAGUAAUCAAGAUGAAGGAAGAAGAGGACAAGAUGCGUAGGGGUUCACGUCUCUUUUCUUUGCCUUGGUAAAUUUUACUAUACCUCCCUUUCGUUCCUUUUCUGCUUUUGAGAGUGUAAAAAAAUGUAUUGUGAAGUAUGAUUCUAGGUGUUACAUGUUGGUUGAACUCUUAGUUUAUUCAUACCGACUCCGAGUGGUGUUCAUCUAAAAUUUAACAGAAAAAAUGAAUCCUUGACCAAUAUGCACGUGAUAUAUUAUUUCUGGUCGGAUUCUUUUUAAAAGAGAUAUUCGAUUCUUAGAAAAAAUCCUAAUCUGUUCCACAUUGGCGAGUAAGCUAAUUGGGAGUGGUUUCAGAUUGUCAUGUCUACUCUCAUUAGAUUAUUAUUGAUUUCAGUC